AUGCACGGGGCCGAGAUGGAAAUGGAGCUUGGUUCUCAACACAUUUCGUUUCAAAAGGUAGGCAAACGAGUUCCUUUUUGAUCUAAUGGAGAGAGUAUUCCAGUGCACGUCCGACAAGCUGUUCCUCGAGUUUUCAUUCUACAUGCUCAUCGUCGGGAUUUCCAUCACUUGCCUCAAAUUUUGGACGCUAGUUUUUUUCUUAAAUGACUGACAAACUGGGAAAUUUUAGAAUGGAUUCCUACACGAGGUACACGGGAUUCUGCAGCACCUGCAUCCGAGGCUUCGCGACUUUCUACGUCUUCAUCAUUGCCGAUUUCCUAGCCAUCGCCCUCAUCAACCUUUUUGACCCAAUUUGUAAGUUUUCCACGGAAACUCUAAUGAAAGUUUGAGUUAAGGCUACAACGAGAUCAACGGUGUCGUUCCGCUUUUGGUUAGUUUUCUUCGAAAUGUGCGUCUCUAAAACUUUUUUCAGUUCCACGGAGCAACGACAAUGGCUUGCUCCUUCCUGGUCAUCCUCUGGUUUGAAAUCCUCUAUCUGUACGCGGUUCUCGCCCGUCUUCCGGUGGAUGCUGAGAAAGAGCAGCCAUUCGAAAAGAUUUGA